AUGACAUGUCUCAACGGCGCCCCCGCCGAUACUGUGGCGCCCGGCCAGGCCGACACGUCCAUCACCAAGGAAGGGUUCAAGAUUACUACGCGCAAACUGCCAAUCCUCAAGGCUGGCCCCAUAGACGACAUGACCAAGAAGUUGGGCAUAGCGCCGCCAGAGAUGAUCUUUGGCGACAACAUGGUCCGCAUAGAGCAUGCACAGAGCGGCUGGUACAUUGAAUUCAACGCCUUCGAUGCGCUCGACCGAGUCGACAAGACGGGUGACAAGAUGUUCAAGGUCGCAUACUCCAAGGAGUGGCAGCAAAACAGGCAGAAGCAGUUUGAAGACAUCAAAGAAGUUGUAAAGCCUUUUGACUGGUCUUACAGCACCGACUACAAGGGCACUACUCCCUCGACUCCGGCAUUCGAACCUACCGAGACACCCAUACCGCUUGCCCUACUCAAGCGCCCCGACCCAAUAGAGUUUUUCGAUGAGCUCGUGCUCUACGAAGAUGAGCUGGCAGACAACGGCAUUGCCAUGCUGUCCUGCAAGGUCCGUGUCAUGCCCCAGCGAUUGCUCUUGCUGGUACGCUUCUUCAUGCGACUGGACGAUGUGGUUUUCAGGAUGCGAGAUACCAGGAUAUUCAUCGAGUUUGGAGACAAUGUCGUGCUGAGAGAGUACACUGCAAGGGAAGAGAAGUACGAGGAGGUGCGAAAGAAGCUGGCAGGCAGGAAAGAAGACGUGCUUGCCAUUAUGCGGGACCCGAAUCGAUUAGCAGAACAUAUUCCUAUCGUCGAGCACAAGCUAGAGGGGAUGCAGCUGAACAUAAAAAUAGAAUACGGUAUCUCAUGCGGGGGAAAACGAUAUGCCGACAUCGAGAGCCGUUCCAAAAAUGUAUCGGGUAGGCUAGCACAUUUGGACAACAUAGGGACCCUGCCCAGAGCUAACCCACCAAAAGGGGCAACUAUGGCGCUCGGGCUUACUUGGACACACCUCCGACAUGCGUCAUCUUACACUGGAGAUCGACCAGAACAUCCUGGGCACCUACUAGGACAUCCCGGUGCUGACAAGGCCUCGAACAACGCGCUGCUACUGACGAUGGGAUACGCAGCCCGAGAAUACCGGCCCCGACCCACUUGCCGACAACAGCUGUUGCAACUCACAAUGGCUACCAACUCGAACGGUGAGGCCGCCAUAAUCAACAUGUCAAGCGAUCCAUCACGACAACACACAAGCGUCUCGCGCCAAAAUGAACAACAACAACAACAAGAAGAGAUGAUACCGCUCGAGCAGAUCGCCACCUCCAAUUCAUCCGCUUCUUCAGACACACGAGCCGAGAACCAUGACCAGUCGACAAAAGCGCGCAGAGUAGAAACAUCCUCAUCCGAAUAUGACGCCUCAAGAGCCCUCCAUCGCCGCAUCACCCGGUCAGAGAUUGAUGAUGCGGGAAGACAAGAACUGUCACGCAUCUUCUCAACGGUUUCCCAGGGUGUGACACGGCAAAUGAGCGUCGCGGCACCAGGCGACCCGGCAGUCGACCCCACCAAUGCUGCUUUCGACCUCAGCAAAUUCCUGCACAUGUUCCGCCACCAGCUCGAGGGCGAGGGCAUCGAAAUGAAAAAGGUCAGCGUCGUCUACAAGAACCUGAAUGUUUUCGGCUCCGGCAAAGCUCUCCAGCUGCAGAGCACAGUAGCAGAUGUCUUCAUGGCCCCUUUCCGAGCCAAAGAAUUUUUUGGACAAUCCGAACGCAGGCAGAUCUUGCACUCAUUCGACGGCAUAAUUCGCGCAGGCGAGCUCUGUGUGGUGCUUGGUCGCCCGGGCUCCGGUUGUUCCACGCUGCUCAAGUCUCUGACUGGCGAGUUAUACGGUCUCGAGACAGACGACUCCAUCAUUCACUACAACGGUGUUCCUCAGAACCUCAUGCGCAAGGAGUUCAAGGGCGAGACUGUCUACAACCAGGAAGUUGACAAGCACUUUCCUCACUUGACUGUCGGCCAAACACUCGAAUUUGCUGCUGCAGUCCGAACGCCAUCGAAUCGCCCCGGCGGAGUCAGCCGAGAUGAGUUUGCCAAGUUCAUGGCUAAGGUAGUCAUGGCCGUUCUUGGACUGUCGCACACCUACAACACCAAGGUUGGAGACGACUUCGUGCGUGGUGUUUCUGGUGGUGAGCGCAAGCGUGUCUCAGUUGCUGAGAUGAUGUUGGGUGGAUCUCCCUUCGCUGCGUGGGACAACUCGACACGUGGUCUUGACUCAGCUACAGCUUUGAAGUUUGUCAAUGCUCUGAGAGUCAGCUCUGAUAUGACUGGUGGUGCAGCCGCCGUUGCCAUCUAUCAGGCCAGUCAGAGCGUUUACGACUGCUUUGACAAGGCCGCAGUCCUCUACGAAGGACGUCAGAUCUACUUUGGCCCCGCGGACCAAGCCAGAGCCUAUUUCGAACGUCAAGGAUGGCAUUGCCCCCCUCGACAGACUACUGGAGAUUUCCUCACGGCCGUUACCAACCCGGAAGAGCGAAGACCUAGGGAAGGUAUGGAGCACAUGGUUCCUCGUACCCCUGAAGAGUUUGAGAAGUAUUGGCGCGACUCCCCUGAGUACCAGGCCUUGCUCCAAGAGAUUGCGGAGUUUGAAGCAGAAAACCCAAUCAAUGAGCAUGCUACAAUUGAGCAGCUCCGUCAACAGAAGAACUACAUACAGGCCAAGCAUGCUCGGCCAAAAUCACCCUACCUCCUCAGUGUUCCUAUGCAGAUCAAGCUCAACACACGACGAGCAUACCAGCGCAUCUGGGGUGACAUGGCAUCGACAUCCACACAGGCUGGUAUCAAUGUCGUCAUCGCUCUCAUCGUUGGUUCCAUCUACUACGGUCAUUCCGCUGGCUCGAACUCAUUCCAAGGACGCGGCGCCGCCAUUUUCCUGGCUAUUUUGACCAGCGCUAUCGGAGCUAUUGGUGAAAUUGCUGGUCUCUAUUCGCAACGCCCCGUGGUUGAGAAACACAGCUCAUACGCGUUUUAUCAUCCGUCUACCGAAGCCAUGGCAGGAAUCGUCGCCGACAUACCCGUCAAGUUCGUUCAGGCUGUAGUCUUCAACGUCAUUCUGUACUUUUUGGCUGGCCUACGGUAUACUGCCGGACAGUUCUUCCUGUUCUUUUUGGUUACAUACAUGGCAACCUUCAUCAUGACUGCCCUUUUUCGAACGGCUGCUGCGAUUACCAAGACUGCAUCGCAAGCCAUGGCGUGUGCUGGUGUCUUGAUCCUGGUCCUGAUUGUCUACACUGGUUUCGUCAUUCGUAUUCCGCAGAUGCCAGACUGGUUUGGCUGGAUCCGAUGGAUCAACCCCAUCUUCUACGCUUUCGAAAUUUUGCUCGCCAACGAGUUCCAUGGGGUCAAUUUCCCUUGUGAUCAGUUUGUCCCUUCAGGGCCUGGCUACUCUCUCAACGGCAACCACUUCAUCUGCAACGUCCAAGGCGCUAUUGCUGGACAAACUUUCGUCAGCGGUGACCGCUUCAUCGAAGUAUCCUACUCAUACAAGUGGAGCCAUGUGUGGCGCAACUUUGGCAUCCUCUGGGCGUUUUUGAUCUUCUUUAUGGCCACAUACUUUCUGGCUACAGAGCUGAACUCUUCCACGACCAAUACCGCCGAACAACUGGUCUUCCGCCGCGGACAAGUUCCUGCAUAUAUGCUGCCUGGCGGAAAACAGUCAGACGAAGAAUCGGGCGAGACCAAGAGGGAAAAGGAAGCCGGUGCUGGUGAUGUGAGCGCUAUCGAAGAGGCAAAGGGUAUCUUCACUUGGCGAGACGUUGUUUACGACAUUGAGAUCAAGGGCGAGCCACGACGUUUACUCGAUCACGUUUCUGGUUAUGUCAAACCCGGUACUAUGACUGCACUCAUGGGAGUUUCUGGAGCCGGAAAGACGACACUUCUGGAUGUGCUUGCCCACAGAACAACCAUGGGCGUCAUCACUGGUGAUAUGUUUGUAAAUGGCAAGCCGCUGGACCCUUCGUUCCAACGCUCCACAGGCUAUGUGCAGCAGCAGGAUCUCCAUCUUGAAACCUCUACUGUCCGCGAGGCAUUGCAGUUCUCCGCCAUGCUUCGACAGCCAGCGUCUGUUAGCAAGCAAGAAAAGCUCGACUAUGUUGAGGAGGUCAUCAAGAUGCUCAACAUGACUGACUUUGCCGAGGCGGUUGUUGGUGUUCCUGGCGAGGGUCUUAACGUGGAACAACGGAAACUCUUGACUAUCGGUGUUGAACUCGCUGCGAAGCCCAAGCUCCUUCUUUUCCUUGACGAGCCUACUUCCGGUCUCGACUCGCAGAGUGCAUGGUCUAUUGUCGCUUUCCUUCGCAAACUCAGUUCCGCCGGCCAAGCAAUCCUCUGCACGAUCCACCAGCCUAGCGCCAUCCUUUUCCAAGAAUUCGACCGCCUCUUGUUCCUUGCCCGUGGUGGCAAGACUGUAUACUUUGGUGAACUGGGCAAGAACUCGCGGACCCUGCUGGACUACUUUGAGUCCAACGGAGCUAGAGAGUGCGGUGAAGACGAAAACCCGGCUGAAUACAUGUUGGAAAUUGUAAAUGCAGGCAAGAACGACAACGGCCAAGAUUGGUUCGACGUAUGGAAGCAAAGCCCGCAAGCGCAAGACGUCCAGAGACAAAUCGACGAGCUGCACGAAUCCAAGAGGGAGCAACUUGGUCUGGGUGAAGAAACCGCUGAUGGCGAAUUCGCUAUGCCAUUGUCGGUGCAGAUCUGGGAAUGCACUUACCGUGCUUUCCAGCAGUACUGGCGCAUGCCCAGCUACGUGCUAGCCAAGUUCGGACUCUGUACCGUUGCCGGUCUCUUCAUUGGGUUUUCGUUCUACCAAGCCAACACGACUCAAGCCGGCAUGCAGACGGUCAUCUUCAGCGUCUUCAUGAUAACUACAAUCUUCUCGUCGCUUGUGCAGCAGAUCCAGCCUCUCUUCAUCACCCAACGGUCUCUGUACGAGUCUCGCGAAAAGCCAUCCAAGGCAUACAGCUGGGUUGCCUUUAUGUUUGCCAACAUUGUUGUGGAGAUUCCGUACGGCAUCGUCGCAGGUAUACUGGUCUUUGCGUCCUUCUACUACCCCGUAGUUGGCGCGAACCAGUCGAGCGAGCGCCAGGGCCUCGUCCUGCUCUUAUGCAUGCAGAUGCUCAUCUACACAUCGACGUUUUCUGACAUGACGAUUGCUGCACUUCCCGAUGCGACAACAGCUGCGGGCCUUGUCUCGCUGUUGGUUCUUAUGAGCACUCUGUUCAACGGUGUGCUGCAAGCGCCUAACAACCUUCCUGGUUUCUGGAUCUUCAUGUACCGCGUCAGUCCUUUUACAUACUGGGUUGGCGGCAUGGUCAGUACCAUGCUAUCUGGGCGCCAGGUUCACUGCAGCGCUACCGAAAUGUUGGUUUUCGACCCACCGUCUAACCAGACGUGCGGUGCCUAUUUAUCCAGCUUCGCUGCAGCCAAAGGCGGCAACAUCCAAAACCCCGAUGCCACAGCGGGCUGUCAAUACUGCACCUACAGCAACACGGACCAGUUCCUGGCGCUCUCGAGCAUCUACUACAGCGAGCGCUGGCGCAAUUUCGGCAUCAUGUUUGCGUUUAUCGGAUUCAACGCGUUUAUUGCGGUUCUUUCGUACUACCUCUUCCGCGUCGCGAGCCUGGAUUCGUUGAAAAAGGCUUUCAGCAAGCCCAAGGGAGGAGCGAAGAAGGGGGCUGCGCAGGGUGCCUAG